UGGCUGGCUUGUACCCGGAAGCAGGAACAGAUUUGAGUUGUCAAAUCCUUCAACCUGUCGAGCCGGAUUUGUCAACGCGGAUUGUGACGUGUUGAGCUCGAAGCGGACACACACUAGGACACACUGGACGGUGUGUUGUUUUCUCUGGUGAGACGAUGAAGACGCUUUUCCUGCUCCUCACGAUAUCUCUGUGUUUCUGCUCGGUCUCAGGGGAUCCAGCACAAGAUGUGGUUCCACCUUCAAACAAAAAAGAACCAAGCCCAUCUGUUCAGGCAAACAGCACCGACAAUCUAGCCAAAAUGGGGAAACCUGAAGAGACGUCUGCAAAUAAAAGUCAGGCCCAGACCAAAAAACCAGAGGCGGUAACUAAGAAAAACCUGUCUGAUACAACGACAAAAAGUCAGGAUAGCAAAGGCCCAACGACAACGGUUCAGAAGCAGGUGCCUGUUUUGACAAACCAAACCGAGAAGGUAGCACCAAAACCGGAUGUCAAGAAGAAAGACACAACUGAGGAAAAACCAGAAGUAAAAGCAGCUGAGAGAAAUCCAGGAGGAGAAACUGAGAAAAUAACAGAUGAAGAAGCAACUGACAAAAAACCAGACGUAAAAGCAGCUGACAAAAAACCAGAAGUAAAAGCGGCUGACAAAAAACCAGAAGUAAAAGCAGCUGAGAGUAAUCCAGGAGAAGAAACUGAGAAAAUAACAGAUGAAGAAACAACUGACAAAAAAACAAAAGUAAAAGCAGCUGAGAGAAAUCCAGGAGAAGAAACUGAGAAAAUAACAGAUGAAGAAGCAACUAACAAAAAACCACAAGAUGAGAUCAAGAAGGAAAGUCCAGACGGAGAAGAAGAUGGAAAUGGUGGAAAAACAAAAGAUAGACUUCAGUUUAAGAUACCUGGAAUGGGGGAGGAGACAGAGAGCAGUCAUUUCUUUGCCUACCUUGUUUCUGCAGCUGUACUUGUGGCAGUGCUUUACAUCACCUACCACAACAAGCGCAAGAUUAUCGCCUUUCUUCUGGAGGGAAAGAAAUCCAGAUCCACUCGUCGACACAAUUCAACAGAAUACCACAAGCUGGAGCAGGAGCUGUGACCUGAAGUCAUUCUUAUGAAGAUAUUACCUGGAGCAGCUGUUUGCACUAUGGGUUUUGUGAGAAGUGGGCGAGCGGACAUCGGCGUUAGAUAUUUUCUCGGGGGGGCAACUUGUGUUAAUUGCUCUAUUUUGUACGUUGUUUUUUUUUAGAUGCUCAUUGCAUGACUAUGCAGAUUACAUUGUUGCCUUAUUGAGGGACUUAGUCAGUGAAGGUUUAAAAAAAUAAAAAGCAUGUUAUUUUUGCACUUGCGUCGCUAUUCCACUUUUGAGGCAAUCAUAUAAUUUGACCCGACUCAGGUUAUUUCUGUAGCAGAUAAAAAAUGAGCUGUUUGGAAUCCAGCCUUCUUUGUAUAGUACAUUAGUGACUGCACUGUGUACGUAAAUAAGCCAUUUGAAUAGUAGUAAAGUAUCAGGUGUGUAAACUUUCUGUGCAGAUGUUUUAGAUGUCUUAGAUAAAAUGUAUUGAGGUUCACUUUAGAUGUACAGUAGAACCACAAUGGGAUUUCGGCUCAUGGUGUUGGCCAGUUGAAUGUAAAAGCAACCUUUAUUUUCAGAUGUUUCAGUUUUCUUCCCCUACAGCUUCUUAAAGGCUGAUUUGCAAACAUGCUGACAGAUAAAGAUAGAAAAAAUAGCUUAUCUUUAACAAAAAGGUUUUCUUUUUUGCUACAGGAGGGAUGAAGGGAUCAACACCUCUCUCAUAGCGUCCUGGUAAAUAUAGCUCUAAUACAGCUAAGCUAGGCAUAAAGACUGCAUUUCUAUGAGAGAAGGUAACAAAAUCUACCCUCCAGCUCACUUGGUAUUUUUGUUUUGUUUACACCAAACCAAAAGUUAUAUGUUAAGGGUUGCAGUUACUAGAUGGAGCUUCAUCUUUAGUGAACAGGUUGUUAUCAAUGUUCUCGUCUCAAUCUUCAAGCGAAAUGUCCAAACAUGUUGAGCCGGUGGAUUUAAAUGCAGGGAACGAACUUAAGUUUUAACUGCUGUCAGGGUGGUGGGUUUUAAUCAAAACGGUGAACUGGAAGAGGAAACUGGCAAACAGCUGCAUUGUUUUGUCCGUUGUGCACUUUGGACAGAAAAGGGUCUCUGGGGAUAAAUCGAUUGACCACUAAUGCAUUAUAUUUAAACUCUCCUCUUGAGAAAUGUGUGUGUUGAUGUUUAAAGCUGACUUGUGCCAAAUUAUGAUUUAAUGUGAAUCAGUGUGUGACUUUUGUAAUGUGCCUGUUUCAUAAUUUAAUGCGUUUUUUUUUUUUUACUGGGUCAUAAUCUAUGGGAGGGCUGCUGUGAUGAAAGGAUACGUUGUCAGUUUUAUCUUAGCAGAAUCAAAGUAUGUCCCAGAAAUAUAUUUUUAUUGUGAAAUCUGCAAAGCUGUAGUUUGAAUAGUCAUUCGUCGUUACAGUUUGGUCAAAACCUAAAAUGUGUGAUGACCUUAUACAGCUAAAUAGCUUAAGCAUAAGGUUUAUUUGAUUUUUGUUCGAAACUGGCUGUCUAUAAAAACGCUGUCCUUCAAAUUUUUCAUUGCUCAUCCAACUAAAAAGACUAUUGCCUCUAAAAUAAAUGCUCUUUGUACUUU